CCAACCGCCAUGUGGUCCCCAUUCCUACUCUUUAUUCCCAAAUCACCCUCCUUUAGAACCCUUAUUUACGCAUCGCGGCAGCCGUCCCUUCUUCUUUUGUCUAUCACAGCCCAUCUGGGUAUUAAAGUCAUUUAGUUAUAUGGAGGAGAUACGCUGACCUGGUGCAGGCGGUAACCCAGUCAGGCUUCUCUUCUCCUCCCCCUUCCUUCCUUCGGCACUAUCUUCUCCCGAAGAAGAAGAAGAAGAAGAAGAAGAGGGGUUGAGAGGCCAACAACUCUUCAUUUGCUUCUUCCUCUCGGCCAAUAAUGCGCUCUGCACGUGGAAGAGCACCGCUUCUCCGGAGACCCAACAGCCUCAACGACGCCUCUCCUCCCUCUGCCGCCGUCCUUCCUCUUCGUCCCCACCUGAGCUAAUGCAAUAUCACUCCAAAUAGGAAGAGACACGGAGGGGAGGGGAGGCGAUGGAGAGGGCACCGCAGCAGUCGUCCGACUCCAUUCUGGCCACCCUCUCGGUGGACCUGUUGAUCCAGAUCCUCGACCGCGUAGCCGACUCCCGCGACCGCAAGUCAUGGCGCCAAGUCUGCCGCGGCUUCCUCCACGCGGAGGCGCUCCGCCGCCGCUCACUCCGCGUCCUCCGCCUCGAGGCCCUCCAGGGGCUCCUCCGCCGAUACGCCGCCUGCCUCGAGCGCCUCGACCUCUCCGCCUGCCCGUCUCUCGACGACCACGCUCUGGCCGCUGCCCUUGCCGCCGGGGCGGGCCUCUGGCGGCUCAGGUCCAUCAACCUCAGCCGCGCCAGCGGGGUCGGGUGGCGGGGGCUGGCGGCGCUCGCGAAGGCGUGCCCCCACCUGGAGGCCGUGGACCUGUCGCACUGCGUCGGGGUCGGGGACCGGGAAGCCGCCUCUCUGGCCGCGGCCGCGGGGCUGAGGGACCUAUGGCUGGAUAAGUGCCUCGGGUUGACGGACGUUGGGCUCGCCAAGGUGGCGGUGGGGUGCCCCGCGCUGGAGAUGCUCGGGAUCAAGUGGUGCCUGGAGAUCUCGGACAUUGGGAUCGAGCUUCUCGCCAAGAAGUGCCAAAAUCUUAGAGUUUUAGACAUCUCUUAUCUCAAGAUAACAAAUAGAUCACUUCAAUUUGUCUCCUCCCUUCGAAAGCUGGAAGAUCUGAGCAUGGUAGGAUGCUCCCAUAUAAAUGAUGAAGGAUUACAAUUUCUCAACAAUGGGAGCAACUCAUUGCAGAGUGUUGAUGUUUCUCGGUGUGAGAAUGUGACUUCUAGUGGCUUAAUCUCAGUAAUUGAAGGGCACAAGUACCUGCAAGACCUUAAUAUUGGGGACUGUUUUCCUGAGCUGGCACCACUCUUUCUUUCCAAGUUGAAUUAUUUGAGGGAUAGCUUGACCGUGCUUAAACUUGAUGGCUUUCAAGUUUUUGCUCCAAGCCUUAAGAUAAUUGGCCUCAACUGCAGGAAUUUGGUGGAGAUCGGGCUUAGUAAAUGUAAGUGGGUGACUGAUGAAGGGGUCUCCGAGCUUGUAGCUGGCUGUGUCAAUCUAACGACCAUCGAUCUAACAUGCUGCCACCUGCUAACCAACAAAGCCCUUGUGGCUAUAGGAGAUAAAUGUAAAAAUCUUACGUGUCUCCAAUUAGAAUCCUGCAAAUUAAUAACUGACAAUGGCCUUGAUUGUAUUGGGACUUGUUGCUCCAAUCUUGAAGAAAUAGAUCUCACUGACUGUACCAUGACCAAUGCUGCAAUGAAGUAUUUAUCCAGGUGUUCAGAGCUGACUGUCUUGAAAUUAGGCCUUUGUGACAAAGUUUCUGACGAAGGUCUUGUUCACAUUGCAUCCAAUUGCAAAAAGCUUCGCGUCCUUGACCUUUAUCGCUGCUUUGAGGUCACUGAUGAUGGAUUGGCUGCCAUAGCUACUGGCUGCAAGAGAAUAAAGAACCUGAACCUUUGCUACUGCACACGGAUCACUGACUUAGGACUGAAGCAUCUAAGUUGUUUGGAGGACCUGCAUGAUCUUGAACUGAGGGGUGUACAUUGCGUUACAAGUUUAGGAAUAACUGCUAUUGCAAAUGGUUGCCAGCACCUUACUGAACUGGAUUUGAAGCACUGCCAUCUGGUAGAUGAUGCUGGUUUAUUUGCUCUUGGGCAAUAUACUAAAAAUCUCAGACAGGCAAAUCUAUCGUACUGCCAAGUUUCAAGCAUGGGCCUGUGCAACCUGCUUGGCUCUUUGAAGUGCCUGCAGGAUGUAAAGCUGGUGCAUCUGACUCAAGUGCCAGUUGAGGGGUUUGAGUCUGCACUGAGAGCUUCCGGUGGAAGGUUAAAGAAGCUGAAGCUACUUACUGGGUUGAGGCAUCUGCUUUCCCCAGGACUAAUUCAGAUGUUGCAGGCUAGGGGGUGCCGAAUUCGAUGGGUUGAUAAGCCUCUGAACCUUGUUCCAUAGGCAAAAUCCUGCAUUAUUUUCUUUUUCUUAGGCUUUGAUGAUCUAGUUGAAAAACAAAUGUUUUUCAUAUGCCUAUUAACACAUCUUGCUUGCUAACAUUCCCCAGUUGAUGCCUCCUUUGCAUCAAAGUAGCCUGUGUUGGAACAUUGUAAAAGACUUGCUAUUUUUGAAGGGGGUGCUCUCAUUAACAUUGAAAUUUUGGAGGA